AUGAGCACACAUACAGGUGAAAAUCCCGCCAGCCGUCAGGCAGCAGGUUGUGCUGUUGUCAACGCCACAACGAUGAGCAACGAGAUUCUGAAUCCGGCAUGGGAGGAUCGCGAUGAUGCUGACGCGAAGCCCACCACCACAAACAAAUCGCGGCCAUCCGGACUAUGCACUGUAGGAGGGAGCGCUCGCCUUCAGCACGGGCGUUUGGUCGGAAGUCCUCGAUGGGCGAACUCGUUUCGAGCGCAGCACGCUGGGGGACAGGAUGACUGCAAGGAUAUGAACACGGGGUUGGGUAACAUGCGUGAUCUUGUGCGGAACGGCGGCGAUCAGCUCGAAGGAGGUGGCAAAUCCGAUCAGGCCGGCUGCCUUACACCUGACGACCUGAUCGUGGCGACGCGUCUUCAAGACGGAAACGUAUCGGACCCGAGCCACGGUGUCAUAAGAUCUCUUGAGUUCCACCAAAAUGGAAGAAUGCUUCUCACUGCUGGUCUGGACAAGCACAUUCGCCUCUUUGACAUCGAUGGGGUAAGAAAUGCUAAAGUACAAGGUGUUUUCCUCGAAGACUUUCCCAUACACAAGGCCUGCUUCGGUGGCGACGGGCUAAAAAUUGUAGCUGCGGGAAGAAGGAACUACUUUUACACUUAUGAUCUGCAGCACGGCACUAUUGAGAGAUCGUCUGCGUUGCUUGGGAAAGAAGUGCGCAGCCUCGAGUCAUUCGUUCAGUCCACGGCCGGAGCCAACCAUCCCGUAGUUGCUUUUCUGGGGCAGGAUGGCCAAGUUCCGUUGGUGUCGCUGAAAAGUAUGACCACGAUUGGAUCCGUUAAAAUGAAUGGGAGUGCACGUGCUGGCGUUUUCUCAAGCGACGGGCAAAGACUCAUGACAGCCGGUGGAGAUGGCGUGGUAUAUGUUUGGGAUCUUCGCAACCAAAGCCGCUGCAUCGAAAAGAUUGUCGAUGAAUCCUCCGUGCAGGUUACCUCACUGGCUUUAAGUCACGGGCAUCUUGCAGUGGGCUCUGACACCGGAGUUGUCAGUAUUUAUGAAAACCUUAAAGGAGAACCUGGAAUCCCAGUUGAAGCCACAGAGAAUUGUUGGAAUGGGAUGCAACAGAUGAUGCGACGGAAACGAGUGAAUACGAUAACUAAUCUCAUGACGGAAGUCGACAACAUCACUUUCAGUGCUGAUGGCAGAAUUUUGGCAGUAUCAUCUCGUUUCAAACGGGACUCGCUUCGGCUUGUUCACAUGCCAAGCUGUAAGGUUUUCUCAAACUUCCCUUCCUCAAAAUCACCACUUAAUUAUGUGUGGACGGCGUGCUUUAGUCCUAAUGGGGCUCAUUUGGCAAUAGGAAAUGCGCGUGGACGGGCGCUUCUGUAUAGAAUACAUGCAUUUGAUACCUAG